GUAAUAUAAUUUGGAAAAUCUACUAGGCAAUUUCUGUAAAUUCAGCAGGGAUGUUUCAUACACCAGAUUACUAUCACAAUACAUCCAUGAGACUUUCUGAGGUCCUGGACGAUAUUGCAGUAAAUGAAAAUAUGGUGAUGAAGAGGAGAAGGGCAGCUUUACUAAAAGAAACUAUUGACACAAUCACACACAGAGCAGAUGGUAAACAAGUGACUGUUUAUCAUUUAGGCAGUAGAUCAGAAGGCACCACAACACAAAGACUGAAAUCAGAUAUUGACAUACUAUGCUCUGAUAAUGAUAACAUUGUGAUACAGGACUGGUCUGAAUGGACUCCAGGUAAACAUAACCACCUGAUGAUUCAGAAUGAAACAACACCUGGUUAUUGUCUUCUGCAGGAACUUAGAGAUGAUGCUCCACUUCCUGUUCCACAUGAAAUGGGCAAUUACUUUGUCAAGGAUACAAGUGGACGGAUAUUGUGCACAAAUACAAUAAUUGAUGCUGCUGUGUUUGAAGGAGAACAGCGACAAGGACCAUCAGCAGCAUCAGCUAAACCAGGUUUUCUUGCUAGUGACGCGGUAAUUGCAUUUCCUUGUAUAUCAUGGCCAAAGUCAUCAAGAGCCUGGCUGCACCAGCAAGAAAUAAACAUAUGGCCAACAGCAGAAAUGAAAAGAUACGCAACAACUACUAAGUGUUUUGUUGUUGGUGUUGGCAGCAAAGUCAGUGAAAAUGCAGCCUUUGAAUGGAGAAUUUCUACCUCAUUAGCUGAACGGUGCCUGAUGUUCAAUUUAAAUCUUACUCAGAUAAGAUGUUAUAUCUUAAUGAAAAUAAUUCUUAAAACAUACAUCAAUGUUGAAAAUCUUGACAAUGAAAGUUAUAUUUCAAGUUUCAUGUGUAAAACUGUUUUGUUUUACUGUAUAGCAAGUAAACCUACAAGUGUAUGGAAGGAGUGUAAUAUAUUGAACUGUUUAAGCUUCUGUAUACAGACAUUGAAGAGAUGUAUAUUAGAAGGAAAUUGUCCACAUUUCUUUGAUCAUGAAAACAACUUAAUGGCUGGAAAAAUUUCCACUGUAGUCAAACGUCAGUUACUUGAAAGAAUGUCAAAUUUAAUACCAUGUAAUGGCAUUUUACUUUUUGGAAUUCAGAUUGAUAACCUUGGUGAAAGACUUCAGAUUAAGCUUAAUAUGAUAAAUGAAGUACAUCAUGAUAUAUGUCAGCCAAAUGAAUACAAUAUGGACAUAACAGCUGGUUUAUCAAUAUUCACUGUUGUAGACAUUUCAAGGAAUCAUUAUGAGCUUAUUCAUAGUACAAAAGAUAAAAGUUUAGAAAUGAAAUUGAAAAUUCUCUUACAUAUAUUGCUACAUUUGACAAGAUACUACAGAGAUGGUGACAAGUUAGAAAAGACAGCAUGCAGACUUUUAGCACCUCUGUAUUGUACCUCAAUAGGCUCUCUGAUAGCUUCUCAGAACAUUCAGAUUAACAGAACAGUUUCUCCUCAAGCACUUACAUGGCUUGAAGCAGGACAGGACUCAGAUGUUGCUUCAAGUAGACUAAAACAAGCAUCUAUAAUGUAUUGUACUGGAGAUAUGGAAAGAGUUGCUUUUAUUCUUUCUCAUAUAGAAGAACAAUAUAAUACUGAAGUUACUGAGCCUGUAUGUGGCUGCUACAACUUCCAUCACACUUCCUUUAAGAGAGGAUUUGGUCAACUCUGCUGUCAAUAUGAUGAAGCAGAAGUUAAGUACAUAGCUGCCCUUUGUGUAAGAUUUUUCCCAGCUGAAGUUAACUGUGUACCACAUGAACUUCAGUAUGAAAUGUUUAGAUCAACACGAGAGGACCUGCUACAUAGAGGUGGACGUGAUAAUGACUGGAUGGACUGUGCUGUGGUAGACUCACUUCCAUAUCUUUAUUUUCUACAAUACAAGGCAUAUGGCAACCUGCAGAGACCUGAGGAACAGCAACAAGCACUGAACAAACUAAUGUGGGUCUUCAGAAAAGAGUGCAACCUUGGACACAGAGAAACAGCACUAAAUUUACUAGGACAGUGCAUGGAACAGGAGAACAGACCUGUUGAUGCUCUACAGUAUUACAUGUUAUCUCUACGUCACAGGGAAAGAAACAAUGCUGCAAAAAUACAUAUCUGCAUGUGUUUAGCAAAUACAAUUUCAUAAGGGGGCCUCCCUGGCUGAGUGGUUAAGGUCGCUGACUUCAAAUCAUUUGCCCCUCAACCAUCAAAGCUGAAAAGUCGCCAUAUGACCUAUAGAUCAUUGUGUCGGUGGGAUGUUAAACCCAACAAAACGAAACAAGAGGGCCAAGAUGGCCCGAGGUUGCUCACCUGAGUAACACACUGUAACAGUGUAAAAUUAAAUGUGUUUGACCUAGUGAUUUCAUGGAGACAAAUAUUGUCCAAUUUUCAUUAAGACAGGACAAAAAAUGUAGCCUCUUGAGUGUAAACAAGUGAAUGAAGUAUUGCCAUGCAAUACAAAGUCCCCUACUUGAAGGCACCUAAUUUUCUCUACUGCAAUACAACAUAAUGAACUGAUAUCUGUCAAUCAUGUAUAAACAAUAUUGUACAAUAUAUAUUAUGUUAUAACAAAACACUUGAUUAAAAUUUGCAUAUAUAAAAACCUA